AUGGAUUUGGAGACAGAGAGUCUUCUUGCUUCUUUACUACUUGAAGAGGCCCGGAGAUUACAAUUAGAGGCUAACAGGGAAGGUGUUCAUGCAUAUCUGCGAAAACCUAAUGUUAGGCAUCGUCCAAACUCACGGUUCCUCACAGCCACAGUUCGUGGAGUUCAGAAAGACCUGGAGGAUGGUCUCAGAGAUGAUGAAAUUGAAAGAUUUCUUCAUUCAAGGGCGAAGCGAGGACGUGGGGCCGUUGGUUCUUGGAUGGACGAGCCUGGUCCAUACCUUGAUUCUUUGUCCCGUCAUCAGGACAACGGACCUAGUCCUGACAUACGUGUGGAAGGAAAAUGGGAACGCAGAGUACAAGGCCCAGAGAAGCCUUCAUUUUUGGGAUGUAAGUCUCUUGAUGAUCUUUGGCACAAGGACACUUUGGAUGGGAGGCCAUCAAGCUCUGAACCACAGAGCAAAAAAGAAAAGAAAAGUAAGUCGGAGAAAAAAGAUAAGAUAAAGAAAAAGAAGGAAAAGGAUAAGAAGAAAUCCAAACAUCGCCUCCACCACCAUCACAGAAGCAGCAGGAGUGAAUGA